GCUAGUCGCCGCCGAGACCACAUCCGGGAGAGGCGAGCAGAGCGGAAGUGGCGUUGGUCUGGCCGGAGCCCUUGGGUGAAAUUGUUAGGCGUGGAGGGGGAGUGAUGUCUUCCAGACUCGGUGCAGUCACCGCCACCCCGGGACCCACAUCCUUUAAGCAGCAGAGGAGCACCAGGAUCGUGGGAGCUAAGAAUAACAGGACCCAGUGCUCCAUAAAGGAUAACAGCUUCCAGUACACGAUCCCUCAUGAAGACUCCUUGAGCGGCUCGUCGUCCGCCUCCUCAUGUGAGCCAGUGGGUGACUUCCCAGCGACCUUCCGAAAGUCAACCUACUGGAUGAAGAUGAGAAGGCUCAGGCCUGCCGCCACGUCACAGGUUGAAGGCGCAGGUGAAAAGGAAAAGGAGAGGGCCAAAGGAAAGAGGAAAGUCAAACCGGAAGAAGAUGAAGACUAUCGGGAGCUUCCUCAGAAGAAGCACAAGCUGUACGGGAGGAAGCAGAGGCCCAAAGCUCAGCCUCACCCCAAACCCCAGGCUCGCCGGGUUCGGAAGGAGCCGCCGGUCUAUGCAGCAGGCAGUAUGGAGGAAAAGUGGUACUUAGAGAUCAUGGAUAAAGGCAGUGUUUCCUGUCCUACCUGCCAGGCAGUGGGGAGGAAGACUAUAGAGGGUUUAAAGAAACACAUGGAAAACUGCAAACAGGAAAUGUUUACCUGCCAUCAUUGUGGGAAACAACUUCAUUCACUGGCAGGAAUGAAGUAUCACGUCAUGGCCAAUCAUAAUAGUUUGCCAAUCUUGAAGGCAGGGGAUGAGGUGGAUGAACCAAGCGAGCGGGAGCGGCUGCGAACAGUUCUCAAGAGAAUGGGGAAGCUCAGGUGCAUGCGUGAGAGCUGCUCUAGUACCUUCACCAGCAUCAUGGGAUAUCUGUACCAUGUUAGAAAAUGCGGCAAAGAGGCUUCCGAGCUGGAGAAACUGACCCUGAAAUGUCACCACUGUGGGAAACCAUACAAGUCAAAGGCUGGGCUCGCGUACCACAUGAGGUCAGAGCACGGACCUGUCUUCUUCCCAGAGUCAGGACAGCCAGACUGUUUAAAGGAGAUGAGUUUGGAGACAAAGGGUGGAGGCCGAGUUCAGCGGCGUUCGGCCAAGAUAGCUGUGUACCAUCUUCAGGAGCUGGCCUCCGUUGAACUAACGAAGGAAUGGCCGAAGAGGAAGGUGCUCCAGGACCUGGUCCCCGAUGACCGGAAGUUAAAAUAUACUCGCCCUGGGUUACCUACCUUCAGCCAGGAGGUCCUGCACAAGUGGAAGACAGAUAUCAAGAAGUAUCAUCGCAUCCAGUGUCCUAACCAGGGUUGUGAGGCUGUCUACAGUAGUGUAUCUGGCCUUAAAGCGCACCUGGGCUCUUGUACAUUGGGCACCUUCGUGGCUGGAAAGUACAAGUGUCUUUUGUGUCAGAAAGAAUUUGUGUCAGAGAGUGGUGUCAAGUAUCACAUCAACUCCAUCCAUGCCGAGGAUUGGUUUGUUGUGAACCCGACGACCACGAAAAGCUUUGAGAAGCUGAUGAAGAUAAAGCAGCGGCAGCAGGAGGAGGAGAAGCAGCAGCAGCAGCAUGGCAGGCGGCGCUCUCUGCGAAGGCAGCAACAGGCGCGCACGGAGCCUCCAGAGAGCCAGCCAGAGCCAAGGGCAGGGAAGGAGCAGAGCGGGAGUGAGGAGCUGGCGGGACCCGAGCCGGAGCCAGCGCCAGCGCCAGCACAGCCCCAGAAAGCUGAGCUCACCAAGACCACUCACAAACGAGGGAGGAAAUAGGCAGCCGCUGAUGGUGCUUGGAGGAGAGUGGAUGCGGUGCAGCUGGCGUGGGCACAUGCAGGCGAGGCCUGAGUCGUGGGGCUGGGUGAAGAUGCUUUCAGCUACUGCUGCUGGGCGGUGGCUCUCAGCUCCUCUGUAAAUUUCAUGGUCUUCCUGACUCGUUCACUUUCUCCCCUCCCUGCCUUAGGUUCAUAUUCCCAUGGAGUCCUCUUGCUUUUCUGUUGCCCAAAGAGCUCCCCUGGAAAAGCCGCUGCAAGCCCCCUCGCCCUGUGCAAGGCUAAGAAAGAAGCCUUCAGCUGGUUUUCUUCGUUCUUUCCUGUCUGGGUUAUGAAUGUUCUUGGAAUCCAUUGAUUUAGUGGCUACCCCAUCUUUUAGUUUAUAAAACAGUUCCAAACUAAUCUUUUUCAAGGCUGUAACAGGUUUUAUCCUUCUGUGUUUGUGACAUGGGAGGACUAGAAUGGAGAACUGCCACUUUUGUUACGAUGUGGCCUGAACCCCGGGCACUGGAACCUGACAGGCUGCUUGUCUUUAAUUAGGUUUACUGUUGAGAGGAAGGAAAUGAUUUAUCGUGGAAAAGCUAGGCGCUCACUGAGCUUGCUGUGGAGCAGGGACUGCCUGGACCCAUAGGAUUGAGAUCAGCCUGAGGAGUCUGUGUCCCAAACACUAAGAUGGCAAGAGAGGGACAGCCAAUGACAGUGGAUGCUGCCCCCUCCACAGAAACUCGACUUUGCGUCCUUGGUUUUAAGGACUGAGAAAUGACUUAGUCCCUCACUGUGUUGACUUGGUGCUCUGGCCCCUGGCAAUGCCACUGAGGCUGCAAAGCAAGGUGUGCUGUCCCUCUCCCGUGCUUACCUCACUCGUUAGGCCACACCCACUUAAGUCGUCCAAUGGCAUCAGCCCACCUCUGUCUGAAUGUUGGAGAAUACUGUCCUACUGUUUUGUAUAUGAAGUUCUGUCAGCUUUAUAUUGUGAGAUUCUGACAGCAGAUGUAGAUAUUCCUCUGGAACGGGAAAGAAUGUAGCUCAUGCCUGUCUGGUGGCGUUCAGGGGGCUCUUCCCCGUGAGGGCGGAUGUCUUGGAACAUGGGUUAGCGUAAGUAGCCUCGUUGUCGUGUUUCUGGUUUCUCUUCCUCCUUUUGUGUAAAUAUUGUUCUUCUAUAUUCCCACCUAUCGUGUGGCCCAUGCCACUGACAAAGCUAACCUUGAUAAGGACAAAUGCUACCUUUCCAGACUCUGAAAGGCAGUUUGCCACCCCUCAAGUCUCUGUUCUCUGUGCUCUUCUAAAUAGUCUUAUCAUGUGUACUUUGUGGAGAUCACUUUCCAGUAAUGGGGCAUUAAAACUUGGGCACUGCCAGAAGGGUCAUUUCGAAACAAGUCAAGGAAAUUAUGUGUUUGUGCUGGUCUUCAUUCCUGCCUACACCCUUAAAGCCCCUGUAGUAGGUGAGGGUGUGGAGGAGGAGAAAUACGAAGCUAUGUGAAGUUGUGGUGACAAGGACUUGGAGAAUAUUUGGCAAAUAAAAUGACUCACCUAGAAA